UGCUCCUGGGGAGAAAAACGCGUUUUAUAUUGGAUUUUUUUUUUUAAACCCUCAUUUUAUUUGAGUUCGGCACGGAGCCGGCGUUUUAAUGUGUGUGUGUGUAUGUAAGCUAGUGGUGGUGUUCUGAGAGGCAUCAUGGAUGAAUGCUGAGCACCAUUUAGAAUAUUUACAUGACGCUGCUGCAGCGCCUUGUCUAACCUCACCGGCUUCUCCCCCUUCCUAUAUAUAUAUAUAUUUAUAAAAAAAGGGACGUUAGGGGACUAAGGGUGCAGCCGAACACCGGAAUCAUUGGAGCUAGGGUUCGGAUGAGGCGCUCGAUCGGACUACUUUGGGCUUAGAGAUCCGAGCCAAGUUCCCCCUCUGCCGUCGGGCAUUGCUCAGGAGAUGGCGAUGAGCUUGCUCUAUGUGGGAUUUCUACUCAGCCUGGGGGUCAUCUCUCCGAACGGUGCAGCCGUAGCUCCCAAAACAGAGGACCACCCCAAGACUUGCAAUCCUAAACAGUUUGUGUGUAUGGACCAGGAGACAUGUAUCUCCAAAGGCUGGCGCUGUGACGGGGAAAAGGACUGUCCAGAUGGCUCAGAUGAAUCACCAGACAUAUGCUUGCACAACAAGGUGAACCAGUGUCCCGUCAAUGAACAUGGCUGCUUGGACGUCGAUGUCUGCCUCCCUAUGAGUAAACUGUGUGACGGAGUACCAGACUGCUCCGAUGGCUGGGAUGAGGGCCCCCACUGUAGAGAGAGCGCUCCGGCCUGCGCCUCGCAUGGGUGCCAGUUUCAGUGUGCUGUGACUCACGAAGGACCCAAGUGCUACUGUGGCAAUGGCUUUGAGGUGGCUGCAGAUGGAAAAACAUGCAAAGAUUUCAAUGAGUGUAGCGUGUAUGGGACAUGUAGUCAGACAUGUAAGAACGCUGAGGGCUCCUACACCUGCAGCUGUGUGGAGGGCUAUCUGCUGCAGCCAGACAAUCGUUCCUGCAAAGCCAAAAAUGAGCCAGUAGAUCGUCUUCCCAUGUUGCUGAUUGCAAACCUCCACGACAUCCGCUGUACCUCCCUGAGCGGCUCCACGUCCAGACUGCCUUCCAUUGGCACCAAGCAGACCAUGGCAAUGGACUUCAUCUAUGCCAAGGAGACCGUCUGCUGGAUCAAUGUGGGUGAAACACCCGCAACCACGCAGCUGAAAUGUGCCAGUAUCCCUGACCUCAGGACAGUCACCGACAUUCGCACCAUCAACAUUUCUAUCACUCUGCACCAUGUGGAACAAAUGGCUAUCGACUGGCUGACGGGAAACUUCUACUUUGUGGAUGAUGUGGACGACUGGGUGUUUGUUUGCAACAAGAACGGCCAGACGUGUGUUAGUCUGCUAGACCAAGAACUGUACAACCCUAAAGGCAUCGCCUUGGACCCGGCUAUGGGAAAAGUCUUCUUCACCGACUAUGGGUCCACUCCGAGGGUAGAGCGCUGUGACAUGGACGGUCAGAACCGAACAAAGCUGGUUGACACUAAGAUUGUCUUCCCACACGGUAUCACACUGGACCUAGUCAACCGGCUAGUGUACUGGGCUGACGCCUACCUGGACUACAUUGAAGUGGUGGACUAUGAGGGCAAAAACAGACACACCAUCAUUCAAGGCCUUCUGAUAGAGCAUCUGUAUGGGCUGACUGUGUUUGAGAACUACUUGUACGCCACCAACUCGGAUGAAGGCAACCUCAACCCCAAGACCAGUGUGAUCCGAGUUAACCGCUUCAACAGCAGCGACUUCCAGGUGGUGACGCGGGUCGACCGAGGCGCCGCGCUGCAUGUGUACCACCAGAGACGGCAACCACAAGUGCGAAGCCAUGCAUGUGCUCUGGAUCAGUUUGGCAAGGCUGGAGGUUGUUCUGACAUCUGCCUACUGGGGAACAGCCACAAGUCUCGCACAUGUCGAUGCCGAUUUGGAUUCAGCCUGGGAAGUGACGGCAAAUCCUGCAAGAAACCCGACCACGAGCUGUUCUUGGUGUAUGGUAAGGGUCGCCCCGGAAUCAUUAGAGGGAUGGAUAUGAAUCCAAAGGUGCCGGAUGAGUACAUGAUCCCCAUUGAGAACCUCAUGAACCCCCGAGCUCUGGAUUUUCACGCAGCCAGUGAAUUCAUCUACUUUGCUGACGCCACCAGCUACAUUAUUGGUCGACAAAAGAUAGAUGGGACGGAAAGGGACGCCAUCCUAAAAGAAGGUAUUCACACGGUAGAGGGGCUAGCGGUUGACUGGAUGGGAGGUAAUCUCUACUGGACAGAUGAUGGGCCUAAGAAGACUAUCAGUGUUGCCAGACUGGAGAAGGCUUCUCAGACUCGUAAAACUCUAAUUGAGGGCAAGAUGAGCCACCCACGUGCCAUUGUUGUGGACCCGCAGCAUGGAUGGAUGUACUGGACCGACUGGGAGGAGGAUCCCACUGAGAGUAACAGAGGAAAGAUCAAGAAAGCCUGGAUGGAUGGUUCCCAUCACCAAGUGUUUCUGACUAGCAAGACAGUACUGUGGCCAAACGGUUUGAGUCUGGACAUUCCUCAGGGUAUACUUUACUGGGUUGACGCCUAUUAUGACCGCAUUGAGAUGGUUAUCCUCAACACGACUGAACGGAAGGUGGUGUAUGAGGGCCAGGAGCUGAUCCAUGCCUUUGGUUUGUGUCACUACAAACAAUUCCUCUUCUGGAAUGAGUACCGCGAAGGUAGCAUCUACAAACUGGACACUGUCACUAAGACAGUCACACUACUCCGCAAUGAGAGGCCGCCAAUCUUUGAGAUCAGAGUCUAUGACGCUCACCAGCAGCAAGGCACCAAUGUAUGCAGAGUUAUGAACGGGGGGUGCAGCAGUCUGUGCCUUGCCAUCCCUGAUGGCAGGACAUGCGCUUGUGCUGAUGAUCAAAUCCUGGAUGUCGAUAAUGUCACUUGCAAAGCCAACUCCUCCUACGUUCCCCCGCCAAAGUGCCAGACCGGGGAGUUUGCCUGCGAGAACAACCGCUGCAUCCAAGAGAGCUGGAAGUGUGACGGGGACAACGAUUGUCUGGAUAACAGUGAUGAGGCCCCUGAGCUUUGUCACCAGCACACCUGUCCGGCAGAACGAUUCAAAUGCCAGAACAACCGCUGCAUCCCUCUACGAUGGCUGUGUGAUGGUGACAAUGACUGCGGCAAUGACGAUGAUGAAUCAAACACUACCUGCUCUGCUCGCACAUGUCCGCCAAAUCAGUACCCUUGUGCCAGUGGGCGUUGCAUCCCCAUCUCCUGGACAUGUGACCUGGAUGACGACUGUGGGGACCGCUCAGACGAACCAGACUCAUGUGCCUAUCCCACGUGUUUCCCUCUCACCCAGUUCACCUGCGCUAAUGGCCGCUGCAUCAACAUCAACUGGCGCUGUGACAACGACAACGACUGCGGGGAUAACAGUGAUGAAGCCGGCUGCAGUCACUCCUGCUCCAGCGUGCAGUUUAAAUGCAACAGUGGUCGCUGCAUCCCAGAAUACUGGACUUGUGAUGGCGACAAUGACUGUGGAGACUACAGUGACGAGACACACGCUAACUGUACUAAUCAAGCGACUCGUCCCCCAGGCGGCUGCCAUGUGGAUGAGUUCCAGUGUCGUAUGGACAGUUUGUGCAUCCCCAUGCGUUGGCGCUGUGACGGUGACACCGACUGCAUGGACCAGAGUGAUGAGAACAACUGCGAGGGUGUCACUCACAUGUGCGAUCCGGCCGUCAAGUUUAGUUGCAAGGACUCGGCUCGCUGCAUCAGCAAGGCCUGGGUGUGUGACGGUGACAGUGACUGUGAGGACAACUCGGAUGAGGACAACUGCGACGCGCUGGUGUGCAAAUUGUCUCACCACGUGUGCGCUACUAACGACUCCAUCUGUCUUCCCGCUGAGAAGCUGUGUGACGGCACUGACGACUGUCCAGAUGGUUCUGAUGAGAAGCUUUGUGACUUGUGUUCGUUGGACAACGGUGGUUGUAGUCACAACUGCAGCAUCAUUCCCGGUGAAGGCUUCAUGUGUUCGUGUCCCAUGGGCAUGGAGCUAGGAGCUGACAACAAAACCUGCAAGAUCCAGAGCUUCUGUGCCAAACACCUCAAAUGUAGCCAAAAGUGCAAGCAGGAGAAGUCCAGUGUCAAGUGCUCCUGCUACGAGGGCUGGGAGCUGGAGGCUGACAUGGAGAGCUGCAAAAGCACUGAUCCCUUCAAGCCCUUCAUCAUAUUUUCCAACCGCCAUGAGAUCAGAAGGAUUGAACUUCACAAGGGCGAGUUCAGUGUCCUGGUACCAGGGCUAAGGAACACCAUCGCCUUGGACUUCCACCUCAGUCAGAACACUUUGUACUGGACUGAUGUAGUCGAGGACAAGAUCUAUCGUGGGAAACUGUCAGACAAUGGAGCUUUGACCAGUUUUGAGGUGGUGAUCCAAUAUGGGCUGGCGACUCCCGAGGGCUUGGCGGUGGACUGGAUAGCAGGAAAUAUCUACUGGGUGGAGAGCAAUUUGGACCAGAUUGAAGUGGCCAAACUGGAUGGCACCAUGAGAACAACCCUGCUGGCUGGAGAGGUGGAGCACCCCAGAGCUAUCGCCUUAGACCCCCGUGAUGGUAUUCUCUUUUGGACAGACUGGGAUGCGAGUCUUCCCAGGAUUGAGGCAGCAUCGAUGAGCGGCGAGGGCAGACGUACCAUCCACAGGGAGACGGGCAACGGCGGAUGGCCCAACGGACUCACUGUAGAUUACAUGGAACGACGCAUUGUCUGGAUUGAUGCAAGGUCUGAUGCUAUCUACUCUGCCAUGUAUGAUGGCUCGGGACUAAUCGAGGUCUUGCGGGGUCACGAGUACUUGUCCCACCCCUUUGCUGUCACAAUGUACGGAGGCGAGGUCUACUGGACUGACUGGAGGACCAACACACUGGCCAAAGCCAACAAGUGGACUGGACACAAUGUCACUGUAGUCCAGCGUACCAACACACAGCCUUUUGACUUGCAGGUCUAUCACCCAUCUAGACAACCACAAGCUCCAAACCCGUGUGCCACCAUUGAUGGCAAAGGUCCUUGCUCCCAUCUUUGUCUCAUCAACUUCAACCAGAGCUUCUCCUGUGCCUGCCCUCACCUCAUGAAGCUGCAAGCUGAUAAACGCACAUGCAAAGAGUCCCGCAAGUUCCUUCUUUAUGCUCGCCAAAUUGAGAUCCGAGGCGUUGACAUCGACAACCCCUACUACAACUACAUCAUCUCCUUCACUGUGCCGGACAUAGAUAAUGUUACAGCUGUGGACUACGAUGCGGUGGAGCAUCGAAUCUACUGGUCAGACGUCCGAACGCAGACCAUCAAAAGAGCUUUCAUCAAUGGCACAGGCGUGGAAACUGUUGUUUCUGCAGACCUUCCUAACGCUCAUGGGCUGGCAGUGGACUGGGUGUCCAGAAACCUUUUCUGGACCAGCUAUGACGCCAAUAAGAAGCAAAUUAAUGUGGCCAGACUGGACGGCUCCUUUAAGAAUGCUGUCAUUCAAGGUUUAGACAAGCCUCAUUGUCUGGUGGUGCAUCCGCAGUUAGGGAAGCUGUACUGGACCGAUGGUGACAACAUAAGCAUGGCAAAUAUGGAUGGUACCAACCACACCACGCUCUUCUUCAACCAGAAAGGACCAGUUGGCCUUUCCAUUGACUAUGACAAAGAGCAGCUGUACUGGAUCAGCUCAGGAAAUGGCACCAUUAAUCACUGUCAGCUGGACGGAUCAAAACUAGAGAUCUUGGAAGGCGUUAAAGGCAAACUCACCAAGGCCACGGCGUUGGCUGUAAUGGGAGACAAGCUAUGGUGGGCGGACCAGGCAUCUGAUCACAUAGGAACAUGCGACAAGAAGGACGGCAGUAACUGGAAGGUUUUGAGGAACAACACUUCAUCUAUGAUGCACAUGACGAUAUAUGAUGAGGAUGUACAAAAAGCGAGUGUCAAUCUGUGUAGUAACAAUAAUGGAGACUGCUCCCAGCUGUGUUUGCCCACCUCGCCAACCACCAGGGCCUGCAUGUGCACUGCUGGUUACAGCCUCAAGACAGGACAGCAGUCCUGUGAAGGUAUGGGCUCUUUCUUGCUUUACUCUGUCCAUGAGGGAAUCAGAGGAAUUCCGCUCGACCCGGCCGACAAAUCUGACGCCUUGGUGCCAGUAUCUGGCACCUCUCUGGCUGUGGGCAUCGACUUCCAUGCUGAGAAUGACACCAUCUAUUGGGUGGACAUGGGCCUGAGCACAAUCAGCAGGGCCAAGAGAGAUCAAACAUGGAGAGAAGACGUGGUGACCAAUGGCAUCGGCAGAGUGGAGGGCAUCACUGUUGACUGGAUUGCAGGAAAUAUUUACUGGACUGACCAGGGUUUUGAUGUGAUUGAGGUGGCUAGGCUGAAUGGCUCCUUCCGCUAUGUGGUCGUAUCCCAGGGCCUGGACAAGCCCAGAGCCAUCACUGUCCACCCAGUGAAAGGGUAUUUGUUCUGGACAGAAUGGGGUCAGUACCCUCGCAUUGAACGCUCUCGACUGGAUGGUUCUGAGAGGUUAGUCUUGGUCAACGUGAGCAUCAGUUGGCCCAAUGGGAUCUCCAUUGACUACACGGAGGGGCUAUUGUAUUGGUGCGACGCCAGAACAGACAAGAUUGAGCGCAUCAACUUGGAGACUGGAGAGAACCGAGAGUUGGUGCUGGCCAACAACAACAUGGAUAUGUUUGCGGUCUCUGUGUUUGAGGAUUAUAUCUACUGGAGCGACAGGACUCAUGCAAAUGGCUCCAUUAAAAGAGGAAAUAAAGACAACGCCACAGAUGCAGUCCAGCUCAGGACUGGCAUUGGUGUACAACUAAAAGAUAUUAAAGUGUUCAACAGGGCCAGGCAACAAGGCACCAACGUCUGCAAAGACAACGGCGGCUGUGAACAGCUUUGCCUUUACCGAGGCAAUGGGAAACGCACGUGUGCCUGCGCCCACGGCAUGUUGGCUGAGGACAACCGCAGUUGUCGCGAUUACGACGGCUACCUUCUCUAUUCGGAACGCACCAUUCUAAAGAGCAUCCACCUGUCGGACGAGACAAACCUAAAUGCGCCAAUAAAACCGUUUGAAGACCCUGACCACAUGAAGAACGUCAUUGCCCUGAGCUUUGACUACCACGGGGGCGGAGGGAGGGGAGCCAACCGCAUCUUUUUCAGUGACAUACACUUUGGCAACAUCCAGCAGAUCAACGAUGACGGCACGGAUCGCAAGAUUGUGGUGGAUAAUGUCGGUUCAGUGGAGGGCCUGGCGUACCACCGCGGGUGGGAUACCCUCUACUGGACUAGUUACACUACCUCCACCAUCACCCGCCACACUGUGGACCAGAGCCGCUCUGUGGCCUAUAACCGCAACACUGUGGUCACCAUGUCUGGAGAGGACCACCCCAGAGCCUUUGUGCUGGACGAGUGUCAGGAUCUCAUGUUCUGGACCAACUGGAACGAACAGGCUCCCAGUAUCAUGAGGGCUUCCUUGAAUGGGGCCAAUGUGAUCGCCAUUAUCGGCAGUGAUAUUAAAACUCCCAAUGGCUUGGCUGUUGAUCACCGUGCUGAGAAGCUCUACUUCUCUGAUGCCACGCUGGACAAGAUAGAACGCUGUGAAUACGACGGAAGCAGCCGAUAUGUUUUGUUGAAAAAUGAGCCUGUGCAUCCGUUUGGCCUGGCCGUGUAUGGAGACUACAUCUUCUGGACAGACUGGGUGAGGAGGGCGGUCCUUCGAGCCGACAAGUACCCAGGUGGAGACAUGAAAGUUCUGCGAGCUGACAUCCCUCAGCAGCCCAUGGGAAUCGUUGCUGUGGCCAACGACACCAAUAGCUGUGAGUUUUCUCCUUGCCGCACAAAUAACGGAGGCUGCCAAGACCUGUGCCUGCCCACAUCUGAUGGGAGGGUCAACUGCAGUUGCCGUGGAGACAGACAACUUCUGGAAGACAAUACCUGCUCUUCACUGAACAUGUCUUGUGGGAGUGUGGAUGACUUUGAGUGUGGAAAUGGUGAUUGCAUCAACUACAGCCUGACCUGUGACGGCAUGGCCCACUGCAAGGACAAGUCUGAUGAGAAGCAGUCCUACUGUGCCAAUCGAAUUUGUAAGAAAGGCUACAGACACUGCAUGAAUGGUCGCUGCAUCGGUCACCAGUUCUGGUGUGACGGUACAGACGACUGUGGCGAUCACUCGGAUGAACUUCCUUGCAACAUGACUCUGUGCAAACUAGGCGAGUUCCAGUGCAAAGAUGGCCGAUGCAUCUCCAACUUCAGCCGCUGUGACCAGGUGGUCAACUGCGAGGAUGCAAGCGAUGAGAUGAACUGCCAAACUACCGACUGCUCCCGUUUCUUCCGCUUGGGGGUAAAAGGCGCUUCCUUUCAGAGCUGUGAGAGGACCACUCUGUGUUACCUAUCUUCAUGGGUGUGUGACGGAAACAACGACUGUGGCGACUUCUCUGAUGAGAGAAACUGCCCAGAUAAACGCAAACUUAAAUGUCCAGUCAACUUCUUUGCAUGUCCCAGUGGUCGUUGCAUCCCGAUGAGUUGGACUUGCGAUAAGGAGAAUGACUGUGAGAAUGGAGCUGACGAGACACACUGUGACAAAUUUUGCACUUUCGCCCAGUUUGAAUGUGGGAACCACCGCUGCAUUUCCAGCCACUGGGUGUGCGAUGGUUCUGAUGACUGUGGUGACGGAUCAGAUGAAAAUGAGAAAUGCAAAUCCAAAACCUGCAGUCCCGAGGCCUUCCAGUGUCCGGGCUCUCAUAUGUGUGUGCCGCAGCGCUGGAAGUGCGAUGGAGACAAAGACUGUCCUGAUGGUGCUGAUGAGAGUGUUAAGGCUGGCUGCUUGUACACCAACAGCACUUGUGACGAGAAUGAGUUCAUGUGUCAGAACAGACAAUGUAUUCCCAAACACUUCGUGUGUGAUCAUGACAUUGACUGCGGCGAUGGCUCAGACGAGUCUCCAGAAUGUGAAUAUCCAACAUGCGGUCCAGAAGAGUUCCGCUGUGCUAACGGCCGCUGCCUCAACCAGAAGAAAUGGGAGUGUGAUGGAGAGUUUGACUGUCAGGAUCGCUCUGAUGAAGCUCCCAAGAACCCGCGAUGCACUGACACAGAGAAGUCGUGUAACGAGUCAGCCUUCAUGUGCCGCAAUGGAAACUGCCUGAACGAGACGCUGCUGUGUGACCGCAACGACGACUGCGGUGACGGCUCGGAUGAACUCAACUGCUUCAUCAAUGAAUGUCUCAAUAGUAAGCUGAGUGGCUGCUCUCAGCUCUGUGAUGACCUCAAGAUUGGCUACAAGUGCAGGUGCCAUCCUGGUUUCCAGCUGAAGCGGGAUGGGAAGACAUGUGUGGACGUGGACGAGUGCAUCACCACCUACCCUUGUUCACAGCGCUGUAUCAACACACACGGCAGCUUCCAUUGUCUUUGCGUGGAUGGCUUUGAACUCAGCCCUAAUGAUCCCACUGUCUGUAAAUCCAUAUCAGAGGAGGAGCCCUUCUUGAUCUUUGCUAAUCGAUACUACCUGCGGAAGCUCAACCUGGAUGGCUCAAACUACACUCUUAUAAAACAGGGUCUGAAUAACGCUGUGGCACUGGACUUCCACUAUGCAGAGCAGAUGAUCUACUGGACUGACGUCACCACUCAGGGCAGCAUGAUCAGACGCAUGCGGAUGAAUGGCAGCAAUAUUGAGGUGUUGCACCGCACCUCUUUGAGUAACCCAGAUGGUGUGGCUGUGGAUUGGGUGGGGGGCAACUUGUAUUGGUGCGACAAAGGCCGGGACACCAUUGAAGUGUCCAAACUUGAUGGAGCCUACCGGACUGUGCUGGUCAACAGUGGGCUGAGAGAACCUCGGGCUGUGGCCGUGGAUGUGCGCUUCGGGUACCUGUACUGGUCCGACUGGGGCGACAAUCCCCAUAUUGGAAGAAUUGGCAUGGACGGCACCAACAGAAGCGUCCUAGUCGAGGAUAAGAUCACAUGGCCCAAUGGUCUGACUUUGGACUUCAUCAAUGAUCGCAUAUACUGGGCAGACGCCCGGGAGGAUUACAUUGAGUUUGCCAGUCUGGAUGGCACCAGCAGGCACACAGUACUUAGCCAAGAUAUUCCGCACAUCUUCGCCAUGACUCUCUUUGAGGAGUACAUCUACUGGACAGACUGGGAGACCAAGUCCAUCAACAGAGCUCACAAGACUCUGGGAACUAACAAGAGCACCCUGAUCAGCACCUUGCAUCGGCCCAUGGACAUUCACAUUUUCCAUCCCUAUCGCCAGCCUGAGGUGCGUGACCACCCGUGCCAGACAAACAACGGCGGCUGCAGUAACCUCUGCCUCAUCUCUCCUGGAGGGGGUUACAAAUGUGCCUGCCCCACUAACUUCUACCUGGCCAGCGACCAUCGUACUUGCAUGUCCAACUGCACGGCCAGCCAGUUUGUCUGCAAGAACGAUAAGUGCAUUCCUUUCUGGUGGAAAUGCGACACAGAGGACGACUGCGGCGAUCGCUCAGACGAGCCCGCGGAUUGUCCUGAAUUUAAGUGCAGACCAGGCCAGUUCCAGUGCGGCACAGGCAUCUGCACCAACCCUGCGUACAUAUGUGAUGGAGACAACGACUGUCAGGACAAUUCAGACGAGGCCAACUGCGAUAUUCACGUUUGCCUGCCCAGCCAGUUCAAAUGUUCCCACCCAAGUCGCUGCAUCCCAGGCAUCUUCCGCUGUAACGGCCAAGACAAUUGUGGAGAGGGAGAGGACGAGAAGGACUGCCCCGAGGUCACAUGUGCACCCACCCAGUUUCAGUGUGCCAUCACCAAACGCUGCAUCCCUCGUGUUUGGGUGUGUGACCGAGACAACGACUGUGUUGACGGAUCGGAUGAACCCACUAACUGCACCCAAAUGACCUGCGGUGUUGAUGAGUUCCGUUGUAAAGACUCCGGGCGCUGCAUCCCGGCUCGCUGGAAGUGCGAUGGAGAAGACGACUGCGGCGAUGCAUCCGAUGAACCAAAAGAGGAAUGUGCUGAGAGGACAUGUGAGCCGUAUCAGUUCAGGUGCAAAAACAACCGCUGCGUGCCGGGCCGUUGGCAGUGUGACUACGACAAUGACUGUGGCGACAACUCAGAUGAAGACAAGUGUGUGCCUCGCCAGUGUUCCGAAAGCGAGUUUGCCUGCACAAAUGGCCGCUGCAUCGCUGGGAGGUGGAAAUGCGAUGGAGACCACGACUGCGCUGAUGGUUCCGACGAGCAUGACUGUGUUCUCAAGUGUGACAACGACCAGUUCCAGUGUAAGAACGGACACUGUAUUCCCAUUGGCUGGAGGUGUGACGCUGACCCAGACUGCAUGGAUGGCAGCGAUGAGGAGAACUGCCACAUUGCUGCUGGACGUCUCUGUCAUGUGGAUGAGUUCCAGUGUAACAACACUCUGUGUAAACCUCUCGCCUGGAAGUGCGAUGGAGAGGAUGACUGCGGGGACAACUCUGAUGAGAAUCCGGAAGAGUGCAGGAAAUUCCAGUGUCCUCCCACCAGAACUUUCCGCUGCCAGAAUGACCGUGUGUGUCUGCAAGUGUCAAAGAGAUGUGACGGCGUCAAUCACUGCGGCGACAAAUCGGAUGAACUGAAUUGUCCAGCCCACCCAGCUGUUCCUACUUGUGAGAAAGACGAGUUCUUGUGUGCCAGCGGAAAAUGCAUCAGUGCCACUUUGCGAUGUAAUGUCUUUAAUGACUGCGAGGACUAUGGAUCGGACGAGAUCAACUGCAAGACAGAAACCAAACUAAACGACUGCAGGAGUAACAGGACACACUGCGGUGACGGCGAUGAGGCCCACUGUGUCACCAACGGCACAGACGCCUUCUGUUCUUGUAAACCUGGCUUCCACAAAAUAGGAUAUCGCACCUGUGGAGACAAGAAUGAGUGCCUACAGUUUGGGGCAUGCUCUCACAUCUGCAACAACACUAAGGGCUCCUACAAAUGCAGCUGCCAUAAGUACUUCACACGAAUCAAUGACACCUGCAAAGCUGACAACUUGAACAGCACUCAGCAGGUUCUUUAUAUCGCCGAUGACAACGAAAUCCGCAGCCUGGAUCCUGGAAUGCCCAACUGGCGCUAUGAACAAACCUUCCAGGGAGAUGCUAGUGUGCGCAUCGACGCGAUGGACCUGCACGUUAAGACCAACCGUAUCUUCUGGACCAAUUGGCACAAGAAUUGUAUCUCUUCUUACGAACUUCCUGGACAGUCUACAUUGUCGUCAUCAUCCAACUCCCACCGUAAUCGAAGGCAAAGUGCGGGCAGGAUCACCAACCUGCAGAUUAAAGAACUGAAGAUGCCUCGAGGGAUUGCCGUGGACUGGGUUGCUGGUAACCUGUACUGGACCGACUCUGGUCAAGAUGUCAUUAAAGUGGCUCAAAUGUCAGGUCGGCACAGCAAGACCCUCAUCUCUGGCAUGAUAGACGAGCCUUACGCCAUCGUGGUGGAUCCGCAGAGGGGCACCAUGUACUGGGCAGACUGGGGGAAUCAUCCCAAAAUUGAGACAGCUGCCAUGGAUGGAACACUGAGGCAGACUCUUGUGCAUGAAAACAUCCAAUGGCCAACAGGUUUGGCAGUGGACUACUUCAACGAACGACUUUAUUGGGCAGAUGCAAAGCUGUCAGUCAUAGGAAGUGUUCGACUGGAUGGCUCGGAUCCUGUCAUUGCUGUCACCAGCAUUAAAAACAAUCUGGUCCAUCCAAUGAACAUCGAUAUUUUUGAGGAUUACAUAUAUGGAGUCACGUUAGUCAAUAACGUUGUCUUCCGGGUCAACAAGUUUGGAAAAGGCACCGUGGAGAAUCUCACCACAGGCAUCAACCAUGCUACGGACAUUGUCCUGUACCACCGAUACAAGCAGCCGGAGAUGACUAACCCAUGUGACAGGAAGAAGUGUGAGUGGCUCUGUCUGCUCAGCCCCAGUGGACCCGUGUGCACUUGCCCCAACAACUACGUGGCUGACAACGGCACAUGCGUGGAGAGGUCAGCCCCGACCCAGUCGCCGUUCUCUCCCCCUUCAGGCACCUGUGAUAUUCAGUGUCAGAACGGAGGGAGCUGCUUCCUCAAUGCACGUCAGGUGUCCAAGUGUCGCUGCCAGCCUAGCUACACCGGAGAGAGAUGCGAGAUCAACCAGUGCAGGGUUUACUGCAAGAACGGCGGCACCUGCACCGCAUCUCAUACAGGUGCUCCAACAUGCAGGUGCCCCAAAGGCUUCACGGGGCCCACCUGCAACCGUCACACUUGUCAGGAUUACUGCCAGAACGGAGGCAACUGCUCAGUCAACUCUGGUAACCAACCAACCUGCAGCUGCCCAACAGAGUACCAAGGAGACCAGUGCCAGUACAGUAAAUGUGAAGGCUUCUGUCAGAACAGCGGAACGUGCUUACAAACCUCCAACGGCACCAAGCUGUGCCAGUGCUCCAGUCAGUACAUCGGGCACCAGUGUGAGCUGGAUAAGUGUGUGUUCUGUGCCACUGGCCGAUGUCUGACGUCCUCCUCCGGGGAGGUGUCCUGCAGCUGCCCCAACGGUGAGACGCAGCCCAGCUGCUACACCUGCUUGGACUACUGCCUAAACGGCCAAUGCACAGUCGAGACGCGCACACUGCUGCCUCAGUGCAGGUGUCCGCCUGCAUGGCGGGGCUACAGGUGUGAAACUGCAGCUUCUUUAGUGGAUUCCUCCACGUCCAGUGGAAGCACAGCCUCCAUUGUGCUCCCAGUGCUUCUACUGCUCUUGCUAGCACUGCUGGUGGUUGGCGCCAUCUUGUGGUAUAAGCGGAGAAUGCGAGGGUCUCUAUGGCCGGGCAAAUCUCGUUCUAAGUGCUCGCGGGCCAAGGGCUUCCAGCAUCACCGCAUGACCAACGGCGCCAUGAAUGUGGAGAUUGGCAAUCCCGCCUACAAGAUCUACGAGGGAGACCCUGAUGACGACGCUGGGGAGCUCCUGGAUUCGGACUUUGCUUUGGACCCUGAGAAGCCCACCAACUUCACCAACCCAGUGUAUGCCAGCCUGUACAUGGGCGCCCACAACAGCAACAACUCUCUGGCCAGCACAGAUGAAAAGAAGGAGCUCCUUUCCCAGGGCGACGAGAGCAUGAGCGACCCUCUGGCGUAGAAGCCUCACCUUCGCUUUUUUUCCACCACCCAAACCUUCCCCUGCUUGAACUGUGCCAGCGGGGCCCCGCAGGACCAGCGCUGAGCCGACCAGCUGUCAUCAUUAUGCCUUUACCACCCGCAGAGAAAGAAAAGCAACACUCACACAAAUCGGGAACACUGUAAAAAUGUAUAAAAUGAAGGACUACUUUUUUAAGUGAUUGCAGUAUUAUGUUUUGGGGUUUUUUUUUACAACAAAAACAUCAUCUAGAAGUUUAUCCAACCAUUUUAUAAACAUUUAUUUACUCAGUCAUUUUAAAAUGUUGCUCACCUGCCCGCAGCGCCCCCUCAUAUACAGAUACAAAUUGCAGUGGAACAAUUUUAUUUUUGUCAUUUUUAUUUUUCUAUGAAUUGUAAAUCGCAGGAAAAGUUGCUGCUGGAGGUCCAACUCGGAACAAUGAGAUGUUUUUUUGUUUUUUUUACUGCACACGAUGCAUAGCAUUGUCCUGCUACUUUCAACUGAUUGUCUUUUACCUCCUUGCACAGACUAAAGUUACAUAUGUUUGCAUAUAGAUGAUAUAUAUAAAUAUGAGUAUAAACACAAGUCUUGAAAGUAUACCAGGAACAUGAAUAACAAAUAGCAGUCUGUACUUUAUAGCAGUUUGAAGUGUGUGAGCGCUGGAUGAUGAUGAUGAUGAUGAAGAUGAUGAUUGUAACAUAGUCCAUAUUCCAGGAUGGACACAUGUGGCCUUGGUUUACUGCGGGACACUCUUGGAAGGCUCUAGAAUGUUCUGUGCAGGAGCUUCUAUGAACUUAAGUGAGGACAAAACAAACAACGUGUGACAAAUAAUUAGCUCAGAAUUGUUGCAUUCAAUUUUUGUUUCUUUUUUGACCGCAACUGUACUUUGAGGAGAGGCGAUUGAAUGGUACUUCUUUGGGGAAACAUCUUUUUUUCAUUAUUAUGUGUAAUUAUUGCAAUUUAGGUUUGUGCUCACAGUUAAAAAUGGAGGCUGAUCAUCUUCCUGAUACACAUUUUUUUUGUUAAAUCCUUCGCCUUGCUGCUAAUGCUAACAUCUGUUUGUCUUAAGAAUGUUCUUGUGGCUGUGUUAGCAGCGUUAACACGUCGUGGGCCCUAACCUGCCAUAUAACUGCAUGGUGCUCACGCACACACUUUAUUUUAACCGUUUUAAACCAUGUAAAUUACAACAAUCAUCUUACCCUUUUAGACAUGUAUGUGUCAGCAAGAACCCCACAUGGAUAUUUGUGGUUCUGAUUGUUUUUAUGAUUCUUUUUCUUUUUGAUAUCAAAAAAUUAAAUGGAUUUUUAUAGUAGAAAUGUA